AUGGCCGUUGACAAGAUUACCGUAUCUGGGGAUCCUCGGAUCGAGCAACGCUCCGCAUUCGUGCGGGGAAAGACGUAUGGUUACCUAUACAGCGCACCUGAGUCGGGGAAGUAUAAAGGGACUGUGGUGUUGCUACAUGGUUUCCCCGAUCUCUCAAUGGGAUGGCGAUAUCAAAUACCCGUGUUUGUAAACAAAGGCUAUCGGGUCAUAGCACCAGAUUGCCUUGGAUACGGCCGAACGGAUGCGCCAGCUGACCUCGCUGCGUAUUCCCACAGGAAUUGCGCCGACGACCUCAAAGAACUAGCUGUGCAACUCGGCGCAUCCAAGAUCAUACUCGGCGGCCAUGACUGGGGCGCUUACCUCGCCUACCGCGUCGCACUCUGGCAUCCAGAUCUAGUCGAGUAUCUCUUCACCGUGUGCGUUCCCUACAGCGCCCCAAACAAGCGGUACAUGUCCAUUGAGGAGAUGGUCGAAAAGGUCACACCGCACUUUGCCUAUCAGCUACAUUUCAUUAGCGGCGAGCUUGAGGAGGUGGUGCAUACCAAAGAUGAUCACAAGCAGUUCCUUAUUACGUUGUAUGGUGGGCGAACGGAGAAGAGGGAGUUUGCGUUUGAUGUUCACAAGGGUGUGGAUUUGGAGCUAUUGCGUCGUGUCAGGCCGUCCUGGUUAUUGAAUGAUGAUGAACUCGAAUACUACGCCUGGGAAUUCGCCCGCCACGGCCUGCGUGGACCCUUAAACUGGUACCGCACCCGCAAGAUCAACUACGACGAUGAGCUGGCCCUUUCCAGCGGUACAAUCAAGGUUCCCGUGCUCUUCAUUCAGGCGCUCAAGGACGAAGCGCUCCCACCACACCUCGGCAAGGGGAUGGCGAAGCAUCUGCCGCAGUUGCAGAUCAAGCAUGUGGAUGCCUCGCACUGGGCGCUUUGGGAGAGGCCGAAGGAGGUUAAUGAGAUUUUGGAUGUGUGGGUGGAUGAGGUUGUGGCUGGAGGGAGGAGUGCUAAGCUGUGA